CAGAAGAGCCCAAAGCAGUGUGGGGACAACCGCCAGGUAGUGGCUUAGAGGAUACAGUCGCUGUGAGCGGGUGAUCAGAGCACAGGAGGGAAUGAGCUGUAGAUUUUUAGUAAUCUACAAGAAUCAGGCAGUUCCAGGGCACAGGGAUGUGAGUGUGAACAGCCAAUGGACCCAGAGCAGAGAGCAGGCGAGGCGUGGGGCUGGACUAGGGACGCCCUGCAACCCUGCCAGGCUGAGUAGGGGAGGCUUGAUCCUGAGGGCGUGUUAGGAAGGAGAUGCCCAGGUUCUGAUGUAUCACACAUUCUUCUUCCACCAUGCAAUGAUAUUUCUGGUUGGUCUUGAAUGUCUGCCCUAGCCAAGCCACCCCCUCUCAUGCUGGUUAAACAAGUGGCACGUGUGCCCACGCAGACCGUUCUAAGGAACAGUGUAAUUGUCUAGACAAUUUUCUCUCAAAUACUCCGUCCUGGAAGUGACCGGUCGGCAGAAGAGGGAAGGCAGGAGGGUGACAGCGUCCCUGCUAAGUCCUGUUGAGCAUGGCAGCUGGAGUCCAGCCAGGCUCCAGAGCGGCUCCAGCUGGCAAGGGACCUGAGCGGGCCGAUGGGACUCGAGGUUCUCUGUGUGGUUCCCGCCGGCGCCUGAGGAGCCACACGACCCCGAGGGCCCAGGGAGCUGCCCAGCUGGCCUAGGCAGGCAGCCGACCAUGGCCAGCAUGGCCGUGCAGCUCCUCGGCUUCCUGCUCAGCUUCCUGGGCAUGGUGGGCACGCUGAUCACCACCAUCCUGCCACACUGGCGGAGGACGGCACACGUGGGCACCAACAUCCUCACGGCCGUGUCCUACCUGAAGGGGCUCUGGAUGGAGUGCGUGUGGCACAGCACGGGCAUCUACCAGUGCCAGGUCUACCGCUCCCUGCUGGCGCUGCCCCAAGACCUCCAGGCUGCCCGUGCCCUCAUGGUCAUCUCCUGCCUGCUCUCGGGCAUGGCCUGCGCCUGUGCCGUCAUCGGGAUGAAGUGUACACGCUGCGCCAAGGGCACGCCCGCCAAGACCACCUUCGCCAUCCUCGGCGGCGCCCUCUUCAUCCUGGCCGGCCUCCUGUGCAUGGUGGCUGUCUCCUGGACCACCAACGACGUGGUGCAGAACUUCUACAACCCUCUGCUCCCCAGCAGCAUGAAGUUCGAGAUCGGCCAGGCCCUGUACCUGGGCUUCAUCUCCUCGUCCCUCUCGCUCAUCGGUGGCACCCUGCUUUGCCUGUCCUGCCAGGACGAGGCACCCUACCGGCCCUACCAGGCCCAGCCCAGGGCCACCACAGCCACCGUAACCACCGCCCCCGCCUACCAGCCACCAGCUGCCUACAAAGACAACCGGGCCCCCUCAGUGACCUCAGCCACACACAGCGGGUACAGGCUGAACGACUACGUGUGAGUCCCCAUGGCCAGCUUCUCCCCAGGGCCGCGGCGGGCUGGGUCCCCUGUGGGAGUGUCGAUGGAGGCAGGGGUUCUAGCACCAAAUUUACUUCUAGGUGAUUUUUGUAUUCAAGGAAAUAACGUGAACGCGAGGAAGCGUUUUUAGAGCGCAGGAACAGAGGUGAAAUAAGAGGAGGAGAAAGCGCUCUGUACCAAAGACUGAAAAAAAAUCCCAUUUUUGUAUUUAUUAUAUGUAUUUAUGUGGGUGAUUUGAUAACAAGUUUAAUACAGUCACUUGGGAGUUCGGUCAGUGGGGUUGGUUUGUGAUCUAGGAAUAAACCCUGUGGACACGGCUGUUUAUG